CAAUUUACUUCUUCUCCUUCCUUGCUUGCUGAUGUGUCGCUCUGCUUCGAGGUAGAGAGAGAGAAUGGCGGGGGCAACUUCAUCAAGUUUGAUAUGGUCGCCAUGGCAAGCGACUUUUCACCAUUAUAAUAAUAGGUUGCAUCAUGUCAAAGGUUAUCCGUUUCCAUGUCACGCUUUCCAUCCUAUUUGCAAAAGACGUUUUUCUUCAUCCAUAUUUAACGACGACCAUGUUGUCAUUUCGGAUUCUUCAUCCUCCUCCAACAAGCAAGGCCGUUUCUCAAUGUCUGGGUGUGGUUGCUCUUGGAUUCAGGACAAUUCAAUGGUUAAUGCUUCGGCUACGAAGAAAUGCUCGGCUUUGCCAACAAAAACAGUGGAUGUCUCUUCAGUUUCAGACCUUUUUGAAUUUAUAUGCUCGGGUCCCCUCGUAGACAAGAUCGGUAUUACUCCUGAAAAUGUUGGUCAGUCCAUCGACAAAUGGUUACUGUAUGGCUCUCAGCUAUGCAGACUCUUCCAGCUCAAUGAGCUUAAGCUCACCAUUCCGCAGAAAGCUAGGCUUUACCAUUACUAUAUACCCGUCUUUGUUUGGUGCGAAGAUCAGAUUGCCUUGCAUAAUUCCAAGUUUAAAGACGGAGAUGAUGUGCCUCCUCUAGUGAUUGGAUUUAGCGCACCUCAAGGAUGUGGCAAGACUACACUUGUGUUUGCACUUGAUUAUCUUUUCAAAACUACAAAAAAGAAGUCGGCGACAAUAUCUAUAGACGAUUUUUACUUGACUGCACAAGGCCAGGCUAAGUUGAGAGAAGAUAAUCCAGGAAAUGCACUUCUAGAGUAUCGUGGGAAUGCAGGAAGCCAUGAUCUUCCAUUCUCUGUCGAAACAAUAGAAGCCCUGACUCAACUGACCAAGGACGGCAUGAAGAUGAAAGUUCCUCGGUACGAUAAGUCUGCUUAUAGCGGGAGGGGUGACAGAGCCGCUGCAGAAACAUGGCCUGAAGUUGAAGGACCUCUAAAGGUUAUUCUCUUUGAGGGAUGGAUGCUUGGUUUCAAACCUCUUCCUUCUGAAGUCGUUAAAUCAGUUGAUCCACAGCUGGAGACAGUGAAUAAGAACCUUGAAGCGUAUUAUGACGCAUGGGACAAAUACAUCAAUGCUUGGGUCAUCAUCAAAAUCAAGGACCCAAGUUAUGUAUACCGGUGGCGUCUUCAGGCGGAAAUCGCCAUGAGGCAGGCUGGUAAAGCCGGGAUGUCAGAUGAUGAGGUGAAUGACUUUGUGUCACGGUAUUUGCCGGCAUAUAAGGCCUAUCUUCCGACCCUUUACGCUGAAGGACCAAGCGGCUCUGACCCUGACCGUGUCCUUGCCAUAGAUAUCGAUGAAGAAAGGAACCCCAUACUCGCUACCUAAUGACACAUGUUCUUCUCUUUGUAUGUAAAAGAGAUUAACACUACAUCACACAUUCAUACGUCUCUUUCUUUUAUCUUUUGACAUGCAAUAUUCGUUACAGUGAUGCACAUAUAUAUAUAUAUAUAUAUAUGUAUGUAUUUCCUUGAAAUUAAUUUUAUUAUUUUGUAAGAACACAAAUUGCGGGUAGGUUUUAUAUGUGUGAUCAUAAUCUUAUAGACUUCA